AUGCGUCCCACCACCACCAUUCUCCUCAUCACCGCCGGUCUUUUCGACUGUACCGCAGCAUUCAGGUGCCUGAUCGGCCAGUACGGAUCCUGCAACUUCCGCAAGGCGCCCGGCGAAGAGAUGACCCGAUGUGCGAUCGCCUGCAACAUCCGAGGUCUUACGUCGGACUGCCAAUGCCCGGAGAACUUUCCCAACCGGAGAAAUUGGGUAUACACGGGGAGUAAUGAGUGCAUCACCCAAACCCAGUUCACGAUCCGCGCCCAGUGUCAAAACGCCGACCCGAACAGGAUUCUGGGAUAA